AUGGCCGCCAAAAUCAUCGACAUUCGUGUCGAUACAGUCGGAUCCGAUAUCCUCGCUGAUAUCAAAAAGGGCCUUCGGCCGGUUGCCGGUGCCGAGAAAACUUUGCCCACGUUGCUGCUCUACGACCAGGAAGGACUCCGUCUAUUCGAACAAAUCACAUACCAGGAAGAGUACUACCUGACUAAUGCCGAAAUUGAGGUGCUUGAAACGUAUGCGGAUAAAAUAGCCCAACGCAUUUCGCCAGGCUCAAUCGUGGUGGAAUUGGGGAGCGGCAAUCUGAGAAAAGUCAACAUACUGUUGCAGGCCAUUGACCGUCUGGGCAAAGAUAUCGAAUACUACGCCGUCGAUUUGUCCCUUCCUGAGCUGGAAAGAACCUUCAAACAGAUACCCAUAGAGGGGUAUAGCCAUGUCAAAUGCUUCGGACUCCACGGAACGUACGAUGACGCUCUGGAGUGGCUCAAAUCCCCCGCCGUCGAAGCUAAAACCAAGACAAUCCUUUGGCUAGGCUCCAGUUUGGGCAACUUCAAGCGUCAUGAAGUCCCGCCGUUCCUUGCCGGAUUCGGCAAAGUAUUACAAACUGGUGAUACCAUGCUUAUCGGUAUCGAUUCCUGCAAAGACCCCAAACGCGUGUUCCAUGCAUACAACGACCGCGACGGUGUUACCCACAGAUUCAUACUCAACGGACUCAAGCACGCAAACGCUCUCAUGGGGGAUACCGCUUUUAAUUUGGACGACUGGGAAGUCAUUGGCGAGUAUGAUACAAAAGCUGGGAGGCAUCAUGCUUUUGUAGCACCGCGCAAAGACCUCGUGAUCGAUGGAGUGCCAAUCAAGCAGGGUGAGAGAAUCAGAAUCGAGGAGAGCUACAAAUACAGCCACGAAGAAGCCAAGAAGCUAUGGGAGCUCGCCAAACUUGCUGAGAAUGCGAUUUGGGCUAAUUCAAAGGGUGAUUAUGGUCUUCACAUGGUCUCCAAGCCCUCGUUCUUCUUCCCUACCACACCAGAAGAAUAUGCAGCAGGACCCGUGCCUUCUCUCACCGAGUGGCAAGAACUCUGGAAAGCCUGGGAUGCUGUCUCGAAGCAGAUGAUCCCAAAGAGCGAACUACUUGCCAAGCCGAUCAAACUCCGCAAUGAGUGUAUCUUCUACCUAGGCCAUAUCCCUACGUUUCUCGACAUCCACAUUGCCCGUGCCACCGACGGAAAGCCCACAGAACCCACAUAUUUCUGGAACAUCUUCGAGCGUGGUGUAGAUCCUGAUGUUGAUGACCCAACCUUAUGUCAUGCCCACUCCGAAGUUCCUGAAGAAUGGCCACCAUUGGACACGAUUUUGCAAUACCAACAGACCAUUCGCAAGAAUGUUGAGGCGCUCUACGAUUCUGGAGAAGCAGAGAACAACGGCCGUGUUUCGCGCGGAUUGUGGAUAGCUUUUGAGCAUGAGGCAAUGCAUUUGGAGACCCUGCUCUAUAUGCUCAUUCAAAGCGACAAGAUCUUGCCGCCUCCAGGAAUCAAACAACCGGAUUUUGUCGCUUUUGCUGCACUGUCAGAAGUCAUGGCUGCGGAAAACGAGUGGUUCACGAUCCCAGAGUCUGAUGUAGACAUCGGACUCAAUGACCCAGAGAAGGAUUUUGGAAGCAAGCGAUACUUUGGCUGGGAUAAUGAGAGACCCCGUCGAUCAGUACACGUGAAGUCCUUCCGUGCCAAGGCCCGCCCUAUCACAAAUGGAGAAUAUGCCACAUACCUGCUCCAGACAGGCAAGCAAGAAUUACCCGCGUCUUGGUGCGACAAGGCUUAUUCCAACGGCGACUAUACAAACACCACGAAGAGAGACAGUGUUGUCAAUGGUCACUUGAAUGGCAAUGGCGAAUCCUCGCAGAGCAUCAUUGAAGGAAAAUUCGUGCGUACCGUAUACGGAACUAUCCCAUUGAAGCUGGCCAUGGGCUGGCCUGUUGUCGCAUCCUAUGAUGAGCUUGCUGGGUGCGCGCAAUGGAUGGGUGGUCGCAUCCCCACCAUGGAAGAGGCACGAAGUAUCUACGCUUACGUUGACAGCAUCAAGCCAGAAUUUGAGCAGUCGCUCGGCAACACGAUUCCAGCAGUCAAUGGCCACCUACUUAACGAAGGCGUGUUUGAGACACCGCCAUCACACCAUUUGCUCAACGGCAACUCCGGCGCAGCAACGGGUCUCAAGCCACGCGAUCUCUUCAUCGACCUUGAGGGGACCAAUGUGGGUUUCAAGCACUGGCACCCAGUCUCGGUGGCCGAAAAGGGCAACAAGCUCUGUGGGCAAUCCGAUCUGGGCGGUGUUUGGGAAUGGACUAGUACUGUGCUGGAGAAGCAUGAUGGCUUUGAGCCAAUGGUGCUUUAUCCAGGUUACACAGCCGACUUCUUCGAUGGCAAACACAACAUAACUCUGGGUGGAUCCUGGGCGACACAUCCGCGCAUUGCUGGGCGUAAGACUUUCGUCAACUGGUACCAGCGUAACUAUCCUUAUGUCUGGGCCGGUGCCCGUAUCGUGACAGACGUGUAG